AAAUCCUACUCAAAAACCCCCUUUGUUUUCCUUUUGCCUCUUCCACCACCUUGAUUUCAUCAUUCAAAAUUUAAACAAAUAUAUAAAAAAAAAAAAAAAAAGUUACAUCGCAAAAAUGUCUGGUGGAAUUGCACGUGGUCGUCUUGCUGAGGAACGAAAAUCAUGGCGGAAAAAUCACCCACAUGGUUUUGUGGCUAGGCCAGAAACUGGUCCAGAUGGGUCUGUUAAUUUGAUGGUGUGGCAUUGUUCUAUCCCUGGACCCGCGACUGACUGGGAAGGUGGCUUCUAUCCAAUAACAAUGCACUUCAGCGAAGACUAUCCUAGCAAACCACCCACGUGCAAGUUUCCUCAAGGUUUCUUUCACCCUAAUGUUUAUCCAUCAGGAACAGUAUGCCUGUCUAUCCUCAACGAGGACAGUGGGUGGAGACCUGCCAUUACAGUCAAACAAAUUUUAGUGGGUAUCCAAGAUUUGCUUGACCAGCCGAACCCUAAUGAUCCAGCACAAACAGAAGGUUAUCAGUUUUAUAUGCAGGAUAUCGUUGAGUACAAGAGACGAGUGAGACAGCAGGCCAGGCAAUACACAGCUCUUGGCUGACAUUAGUUUGUUAUGAACUAUAUAAUGGCGUGACAUUGCUAGUCCUUAUUGUUAUGAACUAUCUUCUUUAUGAUUGAACAAUGAAUAUAGUCAGUGUGCAAUAACAUGCUAUCUGUUAUUUUGAGAAUAUUGUUGGUCUAUUGAAUCUUUUUUUACUUCGAUAAAGGCUUUGCUUUGCUAUGCUAACAAUCCAGCGGUCGCUGAUUGUGGGAAAUCAUACAGCAAUCUACUGGUCGCAAUGUCUAUAGGACCUACGGUCAAAAGAUGAUAUACUUCUACCUCAGGUAACUGAGUUUUCUUCAUGGCUUCUCAAAACUGGAACAAGAAGUAAUCUCGAAAGGUUGGAGUGGACUGCAACAAUAUCCCCUAUUUAUAUAUAAUUCACUUUUCUAAAUAGCUAUAUCCGAGAUAUGGGGAAGUAUUGCUUAACUCUCUAGAUAUUGUCAUCUAUAAAAUAUUGCUUGAAACAAACAUGGUAUUUCGUCUCUCUUUUAUUCCUUUUUGUGAUACAUCAUACAAGCAAGGUCAACAUUCUUGAUGCUUAUUGUAGGAAAAAUAAGGAGAGCUCAGUACAUUAAAUAUCCAAUUACUCUUCCAAGUUGCCAAAGACAUGGCACUUGAGCUCCUCAACUAAUGCUGUUAGAUGAUUAUAAGAAGAGCCUCCUUUUUCCACUGCCCUAUCAAUCAUUGCUUUGACAUCUUUUGCUCUACUUCUGAUCUCUUCACUUUCCGUGGAGGUGUUCAUCAACAUCUUCAAACUCGCCUCUAUCUUCUCCUUCUUGACAAUUGUAUCCUUGACGUCAAAUGAAAUGUGCCAUACCUCUGCCCCAUCGCUAACCCCCACAUCCAAGAAUCUCCACCAGCUUCUCAUUGUAGAACUGCUCUGCGAACAAUGGCCAUGUGAGCGUUGGUACUCCAGCUGUGAAAGAUUCCAAAGUGGAGUUCCAGCCACAAUGAGUCAUGAACACUCCGUUUGCUGAAUAGUUCAAGAUCGUCAGCUGUGGCACCCAAUCUCUGACUAUCAAACCUUUGUUGUUGGUAAGCAUUUUUUCCUCAAAACCUGUAGGCAUCCAGCUUUCUUGCUCGUUGUCACCUUUCCUGACCACCCAAAGAAAAGACGAAUCUGAGGCUUCAAGUGCCAAGGCAAUUUCAGUAAGCUGAGCAUCAGAAAACCUCCCCAUACUUCAAAAUCAAUUGUACACAACAGAGUUUGGUUCUUGAGAAUCGAGCCAACUUAGGCAGCUGUGUUGCUCUUGAACUGCAGUGUUUGCUUCUUCUCUCUUUGAGAAGUGAAACAAAGGACCAAUCAACCAUGGUUUUUUACCUCUGAUUUUCUGGUAAAGCUCAGCAUAACUUGGCUCUAGAUCAUAGAUAGUGUCAUGAAUCAUGGCAUAGCUCCGAGGUUCUGAUUCUUUAAUUCUCUUCAUCAUCUCCCAGUAUGGUCCUUCGGGAUUGGUUAUAAUUAUUCGGGACGUUGAGAUCUUUUCAUUUCAAUAUUAUCUGGUAAACCUGGAAUCAAGAAACUUUCUGAAUCUGAACCUACCUUCUCAUGAGGUGUAUAAAGCUUCAAAUAAUGUUCAACACAAUGUAGCAUAACAUUUGCAGGAUGAAACAUAAGUCUCGGUAUCUUCAGUCGCUCAGCUACAUCCACAGUCCACGGAAGGCACACAUCUGAAACAAUGCAGUGAGGAUGAAGUUCAACAGUAAGCCUACUGCAUCAGAUGGGAACUUGAGUUUGUGGAUCAAGAUACGGUGGUGAAUCAUCAAUGUUGGACUCGAAAAGGAGGGCAUUAUAGUGAGUGGUGAUAAUGCUACCUUUGACACCUUGGCUUGCAAAAAGUCUUGUUGUAUUGACCAAGGGGAUCAUAUGACUUGGUGUAAAGUAUGGAAUGAAAACUACAUGGAGUUCACCAUCUUUUUAUGCCAUUACUGCACUUGAAGUGAUGGAAGUUCACCUAACAAUGGCAGAAGCAGGGUGAGAAACAACUGAAAAUGUUACUAACCUUAUAUUAGAUUCAGACAUGUCACAAUGGCCUAACCAAGUAAUAUUUUAUUGGUAGAUCACAUGACUUUGUGUUAUUAAUUCAAGGUAUGUUUAUUAUUUUUUAUAUUGAGGCAGCUGACCUUGCAGUACCCA